AUGGUGAACGGCACCACCACGGUGUUGGAGCCUACCUUCACCGGGUACGUCGCGACUACCCAGGAUGCCUUGAUCCUGUUCGAGGCCUGUCUCACCGGCGUUCUACACCAUGUGCCCCGCCGACCCCACGAUCGCGAACGCGGUCAUCUGGUGCGCAGUGGCAGUGUCUUCAUCUACGAAGAGAACUCGUCCGGGAUCAAGCGCUGGACGGACGGCGUCACCUGGAGUCCCAGUCGCAUCCUGGGCAAUUUCCUCGUCUACCGGGAGCUCGAGAAGCCCUUCCCUCCCGGCGAGAAGAAACGGGCGAUGAAGAAGGCCAACCGUCGCCCCGUGCCAUCGACGCGGCCAGGCGAGCCGUAUCCGCGACAUGACAGCGCCGGGGCCCAGGGCUUCUCGCCUUCGACCACGUCGGCCUUUGGGGAUCGACCGCACCAGUCGGACAUGGAAAGGGCCCUGGUUGGCUCGCUGGUGGAUUCGUACGGCUUCAAGGACUCGGGGUUGGUCAAGAAGACGAUGAGUGUGACGGUCUCGGGGGUCACACACCAUCUCGUGUCGUACUACAGCGUCGAAGAUGUGGUGCGGGGUCAUCUAACCCCUCCGUCGAUGGUCGACCAUCUGCGCUACAUCCGGCCCCGCGCUGAACUGACUCAGAAGCAAAGCUUCCGUGCUCCGAUUGACGAUCUGGGAGACCGGGCCGUUGGAGGGCCUGAACGAUCCGACCCCACGCCAUGUAUGGCUAUCGGCCCCAGCUGGUCGCUCCUUACGGCAUUCCGAGCGCUCACCCCGAUUUCUACAUGCAUGCCGCCCCCUACGCCGCAACCCAUGCGCCGCCGUCUGGCCCGAUCCCCGGCUACUCCAUGCCCGGGUCGAUCUCUGCACAACCCGCCUAUCUCCCAACCCCAUCCGCACCGACGCAGAUCCCUCAGAAACCCGACGAUCACCCGCAUUUCCGGGCGCCCCCUCAGUAUGCGAAACCGGUCCCACUCCGAUCAAAGCACAUACCGGAAUUCGUCGAUCUCCUCCCGCAGCGUCGCCACCGAUGCGACGUCUCCGAUGGACCCCACGACGCCGGCGACCUUCUCUCGGGGGAGCAGCUUCAGCCUCGCGGGUCUGGAUGGCACCUCGCACCAAGCGUUGGAGCAGCGGGGGGUGGCUGCCUUUGAUCCCAGCAUCCCGCGCCGGGAAUCCAACCCGAUUGCGCCUUACUACACUGCGGCCGAUAGACAGCCAUAUUAUGUCGGGGCUACCGCGCCAGCGGCCCACGCCGGCUACCCGGUGUCGACGUGGACGACUGCAGCUCCCGCGCAGCCUCAAGUCUAA